CUCAUCCCUGUAUUUCUCCUAUCCCUCUUGCCAAUAAUUAAUUUUUGAUAUCCUCCAACGAUUCUAUCUCUUACACUCUCCAUCUUCCAAAAAGAAUCAAUCAUAUGCCAAACAUAGCGUUAAGAUUCAUAAAUGAGUUUACUCGUCAAUGUCGUAGCAACUAAGUCUUCACCAUAUUAAAAUUAAAACCCAGCUCCUUCCUCAAAAUCAAAUCUCAACCAUUAAAAACAAACUAAAAACUCGUAACCAGAAUAGAAUAGAACAUAAAUCUUCACUUCAUCUCCAAUGGCCGAUUUUCCCGAAGGCUGCAUAGCCGAUAUCAUCUCCUUCACCACUCCUCGCGACGCAUGCCGCCUCUGUUCGGUGUCCACCACCUUCAGGUCCGCCGCCGAAUCCGACACCGUGUGGAGAAGUUCCUCCCGCCGGAUUUCUCCUCCGUCAUCUCCCGAUCCACGCAUCCUCCUCCUACUUUCUCUCGCCUUAAAGACUUGUACUUCUCCCUCUGCGAUAACCCCUUGCUCAUCGAUGGGGAUAGCAAGCUUCUCAUUGCAUAAAGAAAGUGGGAAAAAGUGUGUCAUGAUAUCUGCGAGGGAGCUCGCUAUUACUUGGGGUGAUACCCCUCAAUAUUGGGCAUGGAUUCCUUCACCUGAUGCUAGGUUUGAAGAAGUGGCUGUGCUGAUCAGCGUUUGUUGGCUGGAGAUCGUUGGGAAUAUCAGAGUUUCGAUGCUAUCUCCGUCGACAUUGUACGCUGCAUAUAUCGUCUUCAAGCUGACUGAAUACAUUCAGGGAUUCGAUACCCAAGUGGGAAACAGUGGAAUUAGAGUUGUUGUGGGUAAUGGAGGGAAUGGUUGGGUCUGGCAAACAGCGGUUUUGGACGGCGAUUACGAUAGAGAAGAAGGCGGUGGCCAUAAUUAUCCCAAGGAGAAAAGAGAUGGGUGGAUGGAAACGGAGCUGGGUGAGUUCUUCUACGAUGGAGGAGAAGAGGGGGAACUGCAAUUGAGCUUUGAAGAUUUGAGUAGCCAUUGGAAAGAAGGUCUCAUUGUUCUUGGCUUCGAAAUUAGACCAAAAUAACUCUUUCUCGUUUAUAUAAUUGUUCUUGUGUUUAUGUUGUGUGUUUAUGUUGUUUAUUCACACUCUCUAUAUCUUUAUUAUUAUUUUGGGAAUUUCCAGCAUAAGAGGCCCGUUUACUAUCUAA